AUGGGUAAAGAGAGACAGGUCACCGUCGACGAUUUUCUCGAUCGCGAGUUCAAGCAAUGGGAAAAGGCACACGUCAAAAUGAAGGACGCACCUCCACCAGACGGGCACGACUACCUAAAACACGCCAACAACCUUCUGGCUUUGCUGGAGGCCGUAGGAGUUCCAGAUAUCAACCCUAGCGCGAAAUUGGUAAUGACAAGCUUCAAAGCUGCAGUUGCUUUUGAGCAGGACCGGAGAGAGAACGACGCGCGUGUUACAGCUGUUUUUCUUGCUCAGACAGAUGUAAUGCGCGUGUUGCUGGAUGUCGAUGGUCUUUCGAACAAGCGUCGUAAUCGGUCGAACACCGAAAUGCUGAGAUCCGAGGCUACUCUGAACGACAUCUUAUUAGCAGUUCAGAAAGAAAUCAAGGCGUUCCGGCUCGAACUACAGCAAACCCUCUCUAUCCAAGUCGCAUCCAAUGUUGAGGAUCUUGUAGCGAAAAUGGACACCGUGCUCUCGCGGUUCUUCACGCCCAAAAGCGACUGGGAAAAGAAUUUAGACGUUAAAACACGCAACCUGGGAAGUCCUAGUACAUGGAUACAGAAUACAAGCACCCUGCAAUCUUUGAUCUCGGACACGAAUGACCCAUCUAUGCCCCUCCCUGCCCCAGCUUAUGAGGACUCGAGCGCGAGUAUGUCGAUGUCGUUUGGUACGGAGAUGCAGCUGUCGAAUAUUAAGAAGGAGCUGCAGCUUUCGGUGGAUGAUCUAUGUGACAAGAACAUGGAUAUGUUCGAGUUGAAGCUUAGUUUUCAUACCCAGCAAAUGGAGAAAGCAAUAGCAGAUUCGGCAAUUUUGGUGAUUCAGUCACUUUCUGGACCCUGUGAUCGGGUAGUUAACGAGGUGAGCAAUUGCUUUUUUCAUAUUGUAUUAGGUUUAAUUGAUUAUAUUCAAGGACUUGCGCCAAUUGUGGAAGGAGACGGCAAGUCCAUUAUGGCUCAUCACAGUAUCGUUCAUACUAACCAAGUACAGGACUGGAUUUUCUGCGUCGAAAACAAAUUCUUCAUAAGCGCCCUAUUCGAAUUUUACCUCGACCGAUUCUCGACCAACAGGCACAUCCCCGCCUUCAAUAAAAAGGACAAUACUGACUCGGCCACUGAUUCCAAAAAGUCGGGGUACAGUUGA